AUGUCCCUGCAAGAUGAGCAUCCCCCUCCAGCGAGCCUGCGCCAGAUGAUGAAUGAGCAGCCCGUUCCUGUCCUCGACCAACAGACGGUGGACCUGGUCUCCCUGCCAGGCGAGAGUGCCGCUGAGCAGGCCCUUGCCGUGCUGGACGCGUUCAAGACUGCUGUGGCGGCUGAAGAUACCGGUGCCCUACGGCGCCUCUUCUUUGCCGAGCAGGCCUACUGGAAGGACAUCCUGGCUCUGACGUGUCAUUUGCGUACCUUUUUCACCCCUAGGGUCAUUGUCGCCAACUUUCUCGAGACAAAAAAGCUUCGGGGUGUCAAUUCCGAGUGGAAGCUCGAGGGAGCGACUUUUAUCCCUGCUACCCCAGCGUUGCAAUUCAUUGAUGUUUCGCUCUCCUUCACGACCACUGCUCCAGCCACCAAGUGCAGCGCAAGAUUCCUGCUCCUACCGGUCAAAAAUGAGAAGAACUCACUAGACUGGAAGAUUUGGAUCUUUAAUACCAAGCUUGAUGGUCUGGAUUCAUAUCCAGAGGACGAAUCGCUGCUCCGGUCUCCUGGUAGGAAGCUGGAUGGCCUGGAUGAUAUCAACACGGAUGUAUUCAUCCUCGGCGGCGGUAACGCCGCUGUGGCUCUCGCCGGUCGUCUCAAGACUCUUGGUGUUGAUAGCGUUAUGGCUGAGCGGAACCCUCGUGUUGGCGAUAACUGGGCUCUUCGCUAUGAGUGCAUGAAGUUUCAUAUCCCAACUUCGUUCGCAGAACUUCCUUUUAUCACCUAUGAUAAGGAACUCCAAGCUCCUCACUUGCUUACCAAGGAUGAACUAGCCGAGCAGGUCCGACGAUUUGUGUCCGCUUUUAAUCUCAAUGUCAUCACUUCGGCCCAGAUCAAGUCAACCAUAUACAAUCAGUCAACCCAGCGAUGGACCAUUAAGUUCCAGACCCCGGUUGGCCUGCGCACGGCUGUCUCUAAACACCUGGUACAGGCAACCGGAAUUGCAUCUCAGAAGCCGUAUAUACCGUCUGUGGCAGACCAGCACCUAUUCAAGGGCAUUAAUAUCCACUCGACCGCUUAUAGGAGCGCCAAGGAUUUGAGCGAGCAAGGCAUCAAGUCCGUCAUCAUCAUCGGCUCCGCAAACACAGCCUUCGACGUGCUCCAAGACUGCUACGACGCUGGCCUCCAAGCAACGAUGAACGUCCGAUCCCCAACAUACAUCGUCCCCCUCGACUACGUCUGUCACUCUAGCAGUCUCGGGGCUUACAAUUUUGGAGUCGAGGCAGCUGACAGGAUGUUCCUGACGCUGCCUGCUGCCGUCGAUGGCCAGCUCGCACGUAAUCUCUUUGCCAUGUGGGCAUCCAAGGAACCCGACCGCUACGCCGCCCUCUCCGCUGCUGGCUUCCCUGUACUUGAUAGCGCCGACCCCAGUCAAGCCUUGUACUCCAACCUGGUUGAAAAGGCUGGGGGACACUAUGUCGAUGUCGGCACUACUGACCUCAUUUCCGAGGGCAAGGUCAGUAUCAAGGCAGGAGUAGAGCCUGUUGCGUUCACUGAGACAGGUCUGCGCUUCUCUGACGGUAGCACUGUCGACGCCGAUGCCAUCGUGUGGUGCACCGGAUUCGCCGACAUAAACGCGCGUACUAUCACCGCCGAGGUCCUUGGAGGAGACAUUGGUGCGGAAUACAAGGCUGACAAGGACCUGUUGGGUCCUCAAGACAUUGCGGAACGCCUCGAGUCGACCUGGGGCGUCGAUGCCGAGGGUGAGAUCCGCGGCAUGUGGAAGCGCCAUCCGCAGCUUGAGAAUUACUGGAUCACGGGCGGUUAUACGCAGCAGCAUAGAUGGCACUCCAAGACGCUGGCGCUGCAGAUUAAGGCUGCUCUCGAGGGGAUCCUGCCACCGGCUUAUCGGGACACUCUGGGAACGGAGUGA